AUGGGGCGCAGACCUGCCCGUUGGUAAGUACGUGUUAAAUAAUAUUAUAAUGAUUGCACGCGUAUAAUUUUUCUCGAUCACCUGGCCUCUUGCUUAAAACCUUUGUAUAUCAUUUUUAUCAUAGUUGUCUAUGAGGGUAAUCAGUGUGUACAUGUAAUUCAUGGCUAAGGAUAAGAGGGAGUAGCAUUUUUAGGAAACACACUUCUAACCGGUGAAACAAUCAUUUUGAUUGUACAGUAAACUCUGAAUUUUUCAAACCUGCAGAAAAGGAAGUAGCAUUUGGUUAUCCCUCUCAGGUGAACUUUAUGAUGUAGCUAUGAACUUUACCCUAGAUCCAUUCUUGAAAUACCUUGGAUGAGAUAACUGUGCACACGGUUUGAUACAGAACAGUUCAAAAGAUAGUUUACAGUCCCUCGUGAGUCGUGAUUCACUAUUCUUGAUUCCUGCAAGAAUGGAGAACAAGUUACAAGAAUCAUGUUGAUAAUCUACAUGUAGUCUCCUGAGACAGAGCACAAAAGAUUCAUCCAUAACUGAUUUUGUGGUACAUGUAAUUUUGCACUGACAUAACACAACACGGUAUGAUUUGUUGCUGCAAGCGACUGUAAGGUUACUGUAUGAAGAUUGAAACAAUACCAAGUUAAGUUAAGUUUAAGUUCAUUUGUGUCAAGAGGUGGGUGUAAGGGGUUGCAGUGAUGCGGUUUUGCUUGAUUUUCGGUGCAAUUUUGCGGAAAUUUUUUCUUAAGUUGUGGUAUUGCAUUUUACAAACCCAAGCGCACUGUGGUUUUUAGAAAUUUUCGGGUAAUUUCUAUACGGUUUGUGGCUUCCUUAUGUUAUUCUGUGCGAUGUUUAUACGUGUAUGUAUUUCAGUGCAGUUUCACAAACAGGAAAUCAAAAAAAUUUGACAAGAAUCAUUUGAAUGACAGGCCAAAGCGCUUUGGUUUUUUUUGUUAUUUUUGAUCAUGUUUGAUUGCCGAUCUUAAUCAAACUAAAUUCUCAUUUGAUAAAGAUCGAUUGAAUCAUAAUAUAACCUUACAUCAGGCUGAAUUAAAAUUUAUAUUUUUUUAUCGUAGUCGCCCAGCUACAUUUUAAGUCGCAACUGGUAAACCUGGCGACCGGCAAGUUUUAGCCCUGCAGGGCUGCAAAUAAUUUCCUGGCUGGCGCCGGUCAAAUUGUCCGAUCAAACCUAUUUUUUGCUCGGACAUAUCCCAUCUUUGGCCAGACAAACAUCAGUUACGUCUUAUUGCUAUAAAAGUGCCCCUCCUCCCUUCACAUGAUGUUUCAAUAUGAAACAAGUAAAUUUUCAAAGCAUUUAUUGUACAUGAGCAUCGAUCUCAAUGCAGGAAAAGUGGAACGCAUGGUACAGCAAAAGUGCGUCCUACCAUUGCUUCAGUUCUGCGUCUUAUAUACGGUUAGUUAUGAAGUUGAUGAAAUUGACUGAGUCUUGCAAUCUAGUUGAUUUUAAAUGUUACUGGAAACAGGGAAGCUAUUUUCCUAAGAUGCGUGAUUGAACUUUUAAAAUACAAUAAUGGAAGAGUUCUUUUAGACAUCCAAGGCCAUCAUCUUGCGGAAACGCAGUUUGGACAUAUAACAAGGGAACACCCGGAUGCACUGGAAAGGGUUUUCGAAGACGUUGAUGACUAUGUUCACAUGUUACCUGUUUAACUGAAGUCGUUACAUACCACAUUGACAAUAUUUGUAAAGGAUUAUCGCAAAUUCAAUUUCUUUCUAAUCCAUUGUGUUUCGACCUGUCAAUGGUGAAACUUACUGCAUUUUUGCUUCAGUCAAGUUUGAGAAGAAUUUUUCAAAUAUUUUAUGUAAACGACCCAUGCAUCAUGCGUGACACGUAACACAAUGAAAUCUGCGGUCAAUCGUUUGAGAUGAAUCGCGUAUUUAGACCUAUUUAGGUCAGGUAACGUUAACAUGUUGUCAUAUCUGAAUUUAUUGCUAAAAAGGUUAGCUUCCCUAGAAAAUAGAAUGUUUAGUUAAUCGUGGUAUUUAUAGCUUAAGUGAUUAACACGGAAAUGUCGACAAGUAGACAAAUGAAUGUAAACUUGCUUUCUUGUUAUUGCUAUUCUCACACUUAAAUUUUGAAGACAAAGGGUGCCAUGACCCUUGUACCGACAUUGAGAGGUUUUGUUGUCCUUCUCACAUCAUGUUUACAAAACCCACACGGACUAAUAAUAAAGUACUUCACACCCGUGACCGGUACACAUUACCCUGGGUACCAGAGGUUUUUUCUCGUGUGCGUGGGGGAGCUUCGCAUGUGUUCGGACCACAUCUUUAAGACCCACCAAUUUACGGCGACGACUUGGUGAAUGACAAAGCGAAAAUGUGCAACGACAGCCGGAAAUUUUAUGACUACUACGGAUCAUUUAUUAAAAGUUCUUGGUCUGGUAGUCAAGUAUCCGUCUUUUCCCCUCCUUUUUCACAAAUGCCAAUAAUAUUGAACCUUUAAAUAUUUAAAACCUGAAACUCUAAAUUUUUUCCUUACCAGCGUAAACGACUGGACAAAUUGUCUGGCCAACUAAGGAUUUGCCCGGACAAAAUCUAUUUUUGACGGAACAUUGUCCGUUGACCGGCCGUUAUUUGCAGCCCUGGCCCUGUUUAAAUAGCAAUUUUGAUAAUUCUACCCAGCUAAAGAGGUGUUUGUCUUGAAACUUGCCUCAGUCCCCUCAUGUAAAAUGAUCAUUUGAAGCCGAAAUUGUCCCUUUGUUGUUGUUUUGCGAUGAAAUGAAGAUGGUGACCCCCUUUUUUAUUUGUGUUUUUACAUGUUAUGGCUACACAAAAAAUAUAUAUAGUAAGGAGGAAAAAAUCUGGAAAGUAGAAGUGUAUUUUUUUUAGAUGUGAAUGACCCAAAAUUCCUUUUUAAGGGCCACAGAGAAGGGCAAGAUAAUGUGAAAAUUAUCCAUAUCUCUACAUUUCUUUCAAGAUAGGGUAAUUUGAGGUUACUUAACUGAAAAAAUAAAGCCCAGGCAAACAAACGGGCUUAAGGUUUUAGUAAGAUUCAUAGUUUUUGCCAUAAAAUAAGAAUUUUGACGAUUGUUGAAGUUUCAAACAUUUUGCCCACAACUAGGAAAAACACUCAGAAUAAUGGGCACACGGGGCAAAAACAAGCACGGUGACCCUAUCUUUUGCAGUGUUUGAAUUUACUACAUAUGGCUGGCAUUUGUUGCAAGUUUGAAAAAUGUCUGGAUACUACAUGAACAUCAUUUUCAAGGGAAUUACCUUAAGUGGUUUUGUGGGGGUUUGAUUAACCUAGAAUUUGUAGAAUUGGGAUUCAACUGUAUUAUUUGCUGUGGCAUUUCUUUGUUUUCUUAAUUUUGAUGCUUUUAAAUUUUGUAUCUUAAUAUGUCUGAUUCACAUUCACAUUAUAGUACAUAUAAAUUAUUGCUGCGGAGCGACCGAAGGGAGCGAGCAGCAACAUAAUCAGGAUUUAAAGGAAAUAUAUAAGGGGCGAGGAAUUCUCGAAUUCAUCACUUUUUACCACAAUGCAUUGCAUUUAACCACACUUUUUACCACAAUGCAUUGCAUUUAACCAGAGUGCAUUGCGCCACGAACAACUCAAAUAAAAACACGGGGAAGUAGUGCAUCGUACGCUGCUCAGUUCUACAGCACGGUUAGAGGUCUUACCAAAUUUUAAGACACGCAGGAGUCUUUCAGAUGAGUACGAUGGUUAACUUAGCGGAGUGGAUUUCAAUUCAAGAGCCUUUGACUCGUCCAGGUGUUAAACCUGACGAGAAGAUGAGCAUUUGCUCUUCGACUCCGCAACACGGGGGAUAAACAAAUUCCAGCUUGCUAGAAGGUGAUGUGAAAGUGAGAAAAUGUCAUGCAAUGCUAUUCUUAAGAAACUGUAUGAGCCGAAAAUGGAUGUGAUUUUGACCAUUCGCUUCAAAAUAACAGCGGAAAUCGAGAUAACAAAACAUAUGUUUUGUGUCCUACUUUGCAGACCAGGACGUGUAUCGGCGUUUUGAAAAGCAUAAUUAUGUUCUUUCAUUCAUUCAUUGCCAUGGAAUAUGCGUUUACAUUGUUUUUUCACUGUUAAUAGCUCGGCUAAUGCGGCUGGCGAUCAUCUUGCCAGCGGAAGUUUCAUAGAAAACGAAUAAGAUGAAACACUUUUCCCAGCAAUUAUGUAAUCAGACUCUGUGGUGUAGUGGUCAGGUGAAGCUGCGUCGAGUCGAAGGGGCCGGGUUCGAGUCCUACCGAAUUAUUUAUUCCUUCUUUCUUUUUUUUUCCGUUUUUUGUGUUGUUGUUUUCUAUAAAUAUAUAGCUAAAUAACUGUUACUUAAUAAAGUGCAACAAACAGCAAGAAAAGUAUUGUGUUUCCAGAGAAAAUAUCGUUCACCGUCUAUUAAAUAUAUGGAUAAACAAUCUCAAUUUCUAUUAUUUCCUACAAUUUACUGUGGGAAAACCAGAGUUGAUAACCACUUGAUCAUUUUCUAAACAACGUUCCCACGAGUUCUUUCUAUAGACUGAUAGUAAUUAUUCUAGUACUUUCCAACAUGUAAAUAGGACAUUCAAUGUCAUUUUUGAUUCUCUUAAGUCUCACUGCCUAACGAAUGCCAGUAUCAACAGAAUGUGCCGCAGCAUUACUAUCUUUUAGAUACCCUAGUUUAUCAGAUAUGCAGCAUCAUUUGAAUGCCAUUUCCUGAGGUGACUUUAGCCUGUACAACACAGUCAUGAAACUAAUUUUCUCUUUCCUAGUUACCGCUACUGCAAGAACAAACCUUACCCCAAGUCACGUUUCUGUCGUGGUGUUCCAGGUGAGAAAUAUGUACCAGUAGGCACUAGAUCAAGUGUGGUUGAGAAAAGUAUGUGGAUAUUUUCAAAGUAUGUGGAUAUUUUAAACCACGCGAAAAGAUACAACUUACGAAGAUCUGUUCGGAAACCUUUUUUGAGCGGCUUUUAAGAGAAGGCAUUAUCUAUUUGUGUCCUUACACUCACUCUGUGUUGUAAACAAUGAUUUACCUGUACAGUCAAGCCAGUCCUAAUAAUGCAAGGCUGCAAAUAACAGUGGGUCAUCAGACAUUAAUUUGUCCAACAUUGUGUUCAGUCAGGGUUCAAAAUUAACAGUUGUCCAGUUGUCCCAGACAACCAAAAUCAUCAGUGGGGCAACCAAUUUGUGCUGAGUGGUUGCCCCUCGAACAACCCAAUCUGCCAAGGCAUUAGCCCCUUGAGGAAUACAUAUUGCAGAUUUUUGUGUUAGGAGGAUAAUAAUUCCCAGGGUUUACUCUAGAGUGCAGCCUUGCGGGAUUUCUGCAAUUUGGAACAAAGUGCUGCAAAAAAAUUAAUGUUGCCGUGUCAAAUGAGGCUCAAAAAAAAAUUGACCCAAGGAUUAGUAUUAUUUUUUUGGAAAUGAAAUAUUUGAAAACACCACUGACAACAAUAAUGAUUUGACAGCUGCUUUAUAAACUUACUUUUAACUUUUAUAGCCUCUUACUGUCUCAAUUGCCUUUCUCUUUUUUCUUUGAGUCAUCAUUUAACCAGACGGACAUCCAGGACUCUGCAGUAAUUUGAGCUCGGGCUUUUUCAGUUGCCCAGAAUAUUCCAAAAUGUCGGCAAAGCAUCAAGUGAGUCCGAGCCAUUUUUCUCAUGGAACAGUCUGCACCAAUUUUGGUGAACCCCCUUUCUUGGACCCCCUUAUUGGCCGAUUUCCAGAAUAAACCCUGAAUUCCUGAAAUUAGUUUAAAGUAAAACGAAACUGGAAAAAUUACCAGCCUUCUCCUGUUUGAAAGAUGCAACAACGGUUGGUCUGAAUGGGCUUGUUAUGCUUUGACCAGUGGUGAUGUAUAGUCCAUGGUGCAUUGCAGCAAAAUAUGCUCUGUGUCACGGCUGCUUUCUAGGUGUAUAUUUUUUGUGUGCUGUGUAAAUUCAGCCACUGUCACAAUACUUCAAUAAGCCAAAAAAAAAAAAAACAUAGCAGGUGCCACUGGAGCGAAUAAGGGGUAAAAUCAACAACCAUGGAUAAGUGGAAUGAAAAAAAGGAUUUUUGCCCCGAGUAUCCGUUACAUAAUAUAUUAUAUUUGCAAAUGUCGCUGCAAGGGCUGGUAAAUAAUUUUUUAUGCCUGUUUGGAGACUCUGGCUUCUGUGUGUUCACAUCUCUAGAACACACUCAAGACUCAAAUUUUAUACAUGGCAUCAAGCAAAACUUACAUGUACAAUUAAUUUAUUUUAUUGCCCAUAGGACCAAUAACAAUGAAAUCAAAAUUUUUUGCAAUUUUAUUGCAUUCAUGAAUCCAUCCUGUUUACAAAUUUGUAUAUAAGAAGCCUUAUCUUGUAGAUUUCUAAAUAAUUAAGAUUAUAGAAGAUUCCAUGCAUGAAGAUAGCUUGUGCCAACUGCAAGAUGGAGUUGAUCACAUGCAGCAUGCAGUGCAGUGCUUUUUAGUUAGAUUAAAUGUGACCUUUUCUGGGAAAUGUACAUUAACACUUUCAUCAAACGAGCAAAAACUAACAGCUGAUGAAUGAAUUGUAAAUAGCUGUCCAAAAGGUUUUAACAGUUUGAUAAAUUUCUAGUGGCUUUGGAAAGCAUUGGAAUGUAUUGCCGAGAUUUAUCUAACAGUUUGCGUUUGCUUCACACGGGUACUGAAUGACAGAAACAGCAUUCAUGAUCAAUUUUUUUGUAGUAAUUUUGUUGUUUUGUGUUUUUAAAAAGGUUGCAGAAAUCGCUUUUCAAUGAAAACAAACCACCACUUUUGCAUGAUGUUAUCUAAAAGCAAAAUGAAAAUUGGAAAUUUUUGUGAAUUUUGACUUUGGCCAGUGUUAGAAGUGAAAGGGUCAAUGCUUUAGAUGGUACUAAUUUUUUAAAAAUUUUUUUGUGGCAGAUGCUAAAAUAAGGAUUUAUGACUUGGGACGAAAGAAGGCACGAGUAGAUGAGCUGCCACUUUGUAUUCACAUGGUUUCAGAUGAGUAUGAGCAGCUGUCAAGUGAAGCACUUGAGGCAGCACGCAUCUGCUGUAAUAAAUAUAUGGUGAAGAACUGUGGUAAAGACUCCUUCCAUCUACGCAUGAGGCUUCAUCCUUUCCAUGUUAUUAGGAUCAACAAAAUGUUGUCUUGUGCUGGAGCUGAUAGGUUCGUCUGGAUGCUUUUGAUACACAUAGUUAUCCUUAUAUUUAUAUACACAUAUAUAUCUGUUAUAAAGAUCAGCUGGGUUAUUUGAUUAUAGAGUGAUAGAGCAACAAACUGAUGGUUAACACAGCUUUAAAUCGUUUUUAGCCACGAACACAAUAAAUAGGAAAGAACAAAGUCAAAAAUGGGUAUCUUUUAAAGAAUGCAUACUGUGUAUUAUAAAAAGCUAUUAAAUAUUAUUCUCUGAGCUUACUUAGUCACAACUGUACAGACAGCAACGAUCACAGCUUACAUGUAAAAUGACCCUUGCUUUUACUGUGCCAAGUGGCGCCUUUUUUGGAGCAGACAUGUCUUACUAAGCACACCUAAACUUCAAAACACAAGCUGACCGAAACAUUUUCUGCGGCAGUAAUGAGACAUAAACAACAGACUUCAGGUCGCCUCUGAAGAAUUUUUUACAAAAAAAUAUAACCUUGUGGUGCCAUCAAAUCAUACUUAUCAGGUAAUCUCAUUUGCAUACCAUAAUGCUGCACUGCGAGAACUACUGUACACCGUAACCUGCAAGAAUUCAGUGCCACAUGUUCCUGUAAUUAAUCAGGGAUCGCAUUUCUUGUGGCUUUGAGAAAAUCAAAUCCAUUGCAUGGUAUAAUAUGGGAUCAGUUGAAGUUUCUGGGUAACUGACCACCUAGCCCUCCCCUAAGUCACAAUUUUGCUCUACAUUGUGAGUGAGAAGUGAGCAAUUAUGUUGACUUAGGGGAGGGGUAGGUGGUCAGUUACCCGGAAACAUCAACUGACCUAGUGAUUUAUUUUGGACUGAUAAUUGACUAUUGUGUCUUUACAGGCUUCAGACUGGUAUGCGUGGUGCCUUUGGUAAACCUCAGGGAACUGUGGCACGUGUCAACAUUGGCCAAGUCAUCAUGUCUGUUAGAACUAAGGAUGGUAACAAAGCUGCUGCUAUUGAAGCCUUGAGAAGAGCCAAGUUUAAGUUCCCUGGAAGGCAAAAGGUAGGUUUUCUGUACGAUUGCCUUUCUUUUUGUGGCUUAGCAUGGGGAUUUAGUUCACAUCUCAGUCAAACACUGGGGCACCAUAUUCGUUGUGUGUGAAUGACUUGUUGCAAUUCUGUGCCUUUGCUGUUCAUGCUAAUCCAGUUAGCUUUUCAUGUCAGCAUGCAAAUAAAUACCAUCCGGUAUAGCGUGAACAUAGCCUAAGAAUUGCCCAAUGAGGGCCAUGCGAGCAGCUCACUUCUGAAAUUGUAAAGUGCCCUUUUUGAAAAAAGGGGUCCCAAGAUAUGUGGACAUUUUUUGUCACUUGGCUUGCAAUUAGUAAAUGUUUUCAUCUUAUUCCUAGGUAUCCUGAGAAAACAGCCGACAUUUGGUGACUCAACUACUGGUUUCCCAACCAAAUGAUCUCUGAGAAGUGCUUCUGAUUCGUUAAAUAAAUUUCCCACAAGGCAUGACCAAUCAGAAGCACUACCCAGAUCUAGGUAAUUAUGCAUCUUCAGUAUGGAAUUUCUGCACUCGUUUCUCAGAGUUCACUUGGUGGAGAAACCAGUAGUAGGAUCGCCAAAUGUCGGCUGUUUUCUCAGGCUAAUUCCUAGGCCUGGCCCCCCACACAGGUCAAUGUACAGUGAUCUUUAUUUCAGAUUUUUGUACCCCAUUUACCACACUUAGAUAUUUAAUUUUUUCUUGCUGUAUUAUUAAUAUCCUAAUGCCAGACUUUUGUUUUAACCCUGCAUGGAUGGGUUUACAGUCGUUGCGAUACAAGUCCUUGCAUACUGGGCAAUAAAUUUUUCACUACAGCUUCUCAGUAUUUCGUGAGAGUGAAGAAUCUUUGUACUAAAGAGUGAUGUAAACUUAAACACAUCUUUAUGAAAGCUGAGCGAGAAGAGUUUUAAGACUACCUUUUAAGCAUGCAGGAAUGCAGAGAUCAGGGGUGUUCGUUUUGAAAAUGAAAGCCAAAUGCGGCCUGAGCAGUCAACACUGUUAGGAAGGAAAGAGAAAAUCUGGGGGCAAAAACACAAGUAUUUCAGAACACGUUUCAUUUUAAGGCUCGAACUGAAGAAAGCGUUAUUCUCCUGGUACAAACAAAGAAAAACUGAUGACAGAUAGAGAUACAGAUAAGUUGCCUUUUAUAACUACCAGUCCUUUUCUCAUGUUUGUUUUCUACGUUACCUCCACCCGCCUUUUUGCAAACUGUUGAAAGACUAUGAAAGAUUUGUUGCCGCCUCCGGUAAAAUACGGAAUUCUGCUGUCCCACUAUUGUUUUCAUUUAUUUAAAUUUGUUUGACUUGAUGGUUUGAACAAAUAGAAAAAAGGUACCACGCAGCAACGAUAAGGCAGGAUUCGUAAUGACAGCAGUGUUAAAUUGGUCUUUAAAAUCUGUGAGGUUUUCGGUAACGACUACCGUAUCAACUUGGCAUUCACCGCUUGCCUGGAAAGUAGAUAAUAAAAUGCAUUUCGAUCCCCUCCUCCUACACGCAGAUGAAACUGAAAUUUAAAACAGUUAUUACUUAAUGGAUUCAUUUACUGUCAAAUAAUUAAUGUCAUUGAUGGAACCUUGGGGCUUGCGCUUGACCAGACGUGCUUGGAGUUCAUUAUGGCUAAUCUUUCUUUAAUUUACUGUUUUAAACCUUGUAAGUGUAGUGAACUUAUUAGCCAACUUGGUAGUAAACUUAAUCAAUAAAGUUUGCAGAUAAACGCCUCACUUCAAUAACGUUUUCAUAGAAAAUGAAAAAUUGGAAAAACCCAAAUAGGAAUUUAUUAGAUUUACUAUUAAACCACUAUUUGCAACAUUUGUGUAAAGCCGUAUGCUGAAAAUGAGUACACUCUAUAGUAGUUUAUUAGUAAUGCUAAUUAUUCCCUACUUGACCUUCUCUUUUUUUUUUCAAUUUUCCUUGUAGCGUUUUUCUAAGGCAACGGUAUUGCAUUUAGGUGUAUCUUUAUUUUCUUUAGAUCUUAAUGAACAUUAUAUUUUGCAUUGAGAUUCACACCAAGCGACCUUUGUUUUUUUAGAUUUAUGUGUCCAAGAAGUGGGGCUUCACCAAGUUUGACCGUGAAACUUAUGAGGAGUGGCGUGCUUCAGGAAAACUAAUACCUGAUGGAGUACAUGCCAAAUAUAUCUCAGAUCACGGCCCCCUUGCUGCCUGGAAGAAACAGCAUGCUGCUUAA